UUCCUUCACUUCCUGAACACCUCAGCUCCUCCACGGAGAGUGUUUUCAUCCCUUCCUCUGCAGACUUCUCUAACCUCAUCUCCGGCUUAAAAACCCCUCUGACACCCCGGAUCCCUCCCGCUUUAACCCCCGAAACCACAACCCGGAGGUCGGUGCUCCGGACCCGGGAAAUAAGAACCGUUGACCCGGGAAAGAGGAGUUAGCUGUGGGGCUAGCAGAGCGUUAGCAUCGCGGAGAAAGCUCCGGACCAGCGGGCAGAGGAGCACAUUAUGGCCGCAGGAAGCGUCUCUCAGACCGGGGAGGAGAAAGGAGUGAGCCGGGUUCAGAGUGACGUGAACAGGAAGUUGAAGUACAUCAGUCUAGCGGUGCUGGUGGUCCAGAAUGCGUCGCUCAUCCUCAGUAUCCGGUACGUGCGAACUCUGCCCGGCGACCGAUUCUUCACCACGUCGGCGGUGGUGAUGGCCGAGGUGUUGAAGGUGAUCACCUGUCUGCUCAUCAUCCUGCUGCAGAAGAGAUGUGAGUUUCAAGUUUCAAGGCUUUCAUGUGCAUAGCUACAGUGCAGAUAUGACAAUGAAAGUCUUAGGUAACAGGCGCCUCCAACAGUGCAACACAACUAACUGAUACUCAUU